AUGAGUUUAUUUGUUGUAGGCUGUGUGGUGGUUAACCGUAUUGUUGCUCUCCACGGUUGCAGACCGCCUCAAUCAAAGAUUUUACGUGAGGACCAGAACCACAACAUGUAUGUGUCGGGAUGCACAGAGGUCGAGGUGAAGUCCACAGUGGAAGCCUUCGAAGUGUUUUGGCGGGGCCAAAAGAAAAGGAGGAUUGCCGAUACUCAGCUGAACCGCGAGUCCAGUCGCUCUCACAGUGUGUUCAUUGUCAAACUGGCACAAGCUCCGCUGGACGCAGAUGGAGACCACAUUCUGCAGGACAAGAACCAGGUGACUGUUAGCCAGCUGUGUCUGGUGGACCUGGCAGGGAGUGAACGCACCAGCAGGACUAAAGCAGAGGGCAGCCGCCUCCGGGAAGCAGGCAACAUCAACCAGUCCCUGAUGACCUUACGCACCUGUAUAGAAGUCCUCCGAGAGAACCAGAUGUGUGGAACAAACCGGAUGGUUCCUUACAGAGACUCUAAAGUCACUCAUCUGUUCAAGAACUAUUUUGACGGUGAAGGGAAAGUCCGCAUGGUUGUGUGUGUCAACCCUAAAGCUGACGACUAUGAAGAAACCAUGUUGGUCAUGCGCUUUGCGGAGUUGACCCAGGAGGUUGAGGUGGCGCGGCCGGUGGACAGGCCCAUUUGCAGCCUGGCGGCGGGGCGGAGACACCGAAACCAGGCCUUCAGAGACGAGUUGUCACGACGCCAGGAGGAGCGCCCUGGGGGAUCCAACAACAUUGAGGAUGGUUCGGUGCUGAACCAGCUCCUGGACAGCCUGCCGGCCCUGCCUGCCUGUGAGUUGGUGGACCCCACCGAUGAGCAGAUCCUGCCCCGCCUCAUAGAGGUGCUGGAGAGGAGGCACCGCAUCCGCCAGAUGAUCACUGAGCAGUACACCAAAACUGCCAACACACUGAAAUCGAUGCUCCAGGAGUUUGAUGGCCACCUGAUGGCCAAGGAGAACUUUAUCCAUGAACAACGGGGUAAACUAGGGGAGAAGGACAAGAUCAUGUUCAACCAGAAGAAUGAGAUGGAUCGGCUGGAGAAGAAAUCCAAAAUGCUGGAAUACAAGUUAACAUUGGUCUUCCUCUUGCGACCUCAGGAACGUCGUGUGAACGCCAAGCAGCUGGAGAUGCAGAACAAGCUGUGGGUGAAGGAUGAGAAGCUGAAGCAGCUGAAGGCCAUCGUAUCAGAGAGCAACAACAGCACCACCUCAGAGCAGCAGCGUCCCCCACCACCCCCAGACAAGCCCCAGAGGAACUCCCGGGAGAAGGACCAGCCUCGCGCCCCUGAGAAGAGAUCUCGCUCGCCACUGCCCGUCAGCACAGCUCAGUGCCACCCCCUCCCACCCUCCUCCUCUGCUGGUAGUCUCUCAGUAGCCUCUGUCAUCUCUGAGUGGGAGCAGAGGUUCCCCAUAGGUAGGGACCCCCCCGGGACACCCGGCGCGUACGGAACAACGACCCCAUACGGAAGCAGCAGUGUGGGCCGCAGGCGAGGCCAGCGAUGGGCCCCUGAGACAGAGGCUCCGGGCCCCAGCCACACACAUGGGCUAGACCUAGAGUCAAGCUCAAGGACCACGGGGACACCGAUUCGCCCACACCACAGACGCUCCCACUCAGCGGGUGGGCAGCGAUGGGUAGAUCACAAACCACUCUCUAAUUUGGAUUUAGACACUGUCAUGCAGCCAAUCAUACCCAAUGCAAUCAAAGUGUCAGCGGCCAGCGAGAAAGCUCUGUCUAAAUGCCACAAGUAUGUUCUCACGCAUCAGGAGCUUGCCUCCGAUGGGGAGAUUCAGACCAAACUGAUCAAGGGAGACGUGUUCAGAACGAGAGGUGGAGGACAAGCCGUGCAGUUCACAGACAUCGAAACGCUUCGACAGGAAUGCCCAACUGUUUCAAGUCGUAAGAGGAGGUCAUCGGGAGACGGGCCAGGACAACAUGAUGGGAACAAGAUGGACUGGAACGACAGAGAGAACAGGGCACCAGUGGCAAGCACAAGCUCAGCUCUUGGUCUCCAGAAUGGCUAUCAGAAACGCAGGAAGUAGGAACUGGACAGAUCAUCUUUUUCUAUGCUGGAAUUGUCUUGUGCAUUGGACUAGUGAACUUACCAUCACUUUAAACUAUGCAUCUUGUUUUUUAAAGUCAAGCUUUUUAUAGAACUGUUUUUCUAGACAAGUGAUGAUCAAGACCUGAGUUGUAUUUAAUCAUGACUGUAGCUUAAAAGGGACAUUUUGAAUUAGAUUUGUAUUAGAUGAUUUAGAGAACUUGUUCUCUUAUCACAUUGAAUAGUGUCAUUGUAUACCUUACCACCUUCACCUAUGAAACUUUCCUUCACUGUUUUUUUCACACCCAAAGACUUUAGAUGACAAAAUGUAACUUUUUUUUUUUUUCCCUUCUCAGUUUCAAGAUACUUGUUGUAUAGACCUAUAUUCACACACAUAAUCUGCAGAAAAUCAAUGGUAGAAGGCUGCUAGUGCAACAACCACAAUUAUAUACUUUGCUAAAGCCUGCCGGUCAAAUCAAAUCAAAUGUAUUUAUAUAGCCCUUCGUACAUCAGCUGAUGUCUCAAAGUGCUGUACAGAAACCCAGCCUAAAACUCCAAACAGCAAGCAAUGCAGUCUCUGUCUGACUGCAAAUACAUGUAUUUUUGAAGGAAUGUACUAUUUAAAAACUGGAAAAAAUAAAUCAAGAAAUGAGAAUUAUCUUUAA